UGGAUUUUUGCGUCGAACUAACUGCUGUGCGCAUUCGCAAAGAUUUAAAAGAGCUCUCGUGAACUCUUCUCAAAGUCUGAGGGGGCGGGGCUUUUAUAGACGUUGCGUUGCGUACGUAAACGUCGAGUCAACAUGUCGGGAAGCGUUCUUACGAGAGUUGUAUCUCAUCUAAGCAGAACAUCACGAUUUCUGCCACCGAAUAAGACGAGGUGUGCGAAUAUAAGACGACCGUUCACUGCCAAACCGCAAGGUGGAGGUCAGAUCAGACCACUAGAUGGAGUUAAAGUCUUAGAUCUGACGAGGGUUUUGGCUGGACCUUUUGCUACUAUGAUAUUGGGAGAUUUGGGAGCUGAGGUGAUCAAAGUGGAGCGACCAGGCUCAGGAGACGACACGAGAGCUUGGGGCCCUCCGUUUGUGGGUGAAGAGAGCGCUUAUUUUCUGAGUGUGAACAGGAACAAAAAGAGCAUUGCUGUUGAUCUUAAGGAUCCGGAGGGGACCAAACUUGUAACUAAGCUUGCCAAAGUCUGUGAUGUUCUGGUGGAGAAUUACUUGCCCGGGAAGCUGAAUGAGAUGGGACUUGGGUACGAGGAGUUGAGUAAAGUGGCCCCUCAGCUCAUCUAUUGCUCUAUAACGGGAUAUGGACAGACGGGCCCCGAGUCACACAAGCCUGGUUAUGACUCCAUUGCGUCUGCGGUGUCUGGUAUGAUGCACAUCACUGGUCCUGAGGAUGGAGACCCUGUCAGACCAGGUGUUGCAAUGACAGAUCUGGCCACCGGUUUAUACACUCAGGGAGCCGUCAUGGCUGCUCUGCUUCAGCGACAGAAAACAGGACGAGGCCUUCAUAUAGACUGCAAUCUUCUGUCUUCACAGGUUGCUUGUCUAACUCACAUUGCUGCCAACUACCUCAACGCUGGUAUUGAAGCCAGUCGAUGGGGAACUGCCCACGGGAGCAUCGUCCCUUACCAGGGUUUCAAGACCAAAGAUGGAUAUUUGGUUGUGGCAGCGGGAAACGACCAGCAAUUUAUGAAAGUGUGCAAAGUUCUGAGCAUGAAUGGCCUGGCAGAAAGCCCGAAGUACAAAAUCAACAAGUUAAGAGUUCAGCACCGCAAAGAGCUGCUGCAGAUUCUGUCCGAGAGGUUCAUGCAGGAGACGACUGGAGAGUGGUUGAGACGCUUCGAAGGUACCGGUGUCCCCUGUGGCCCUAUCAACAACAUUCAGCAGGUGUUCGCCAACCCUCAGGUUGCUCACAAUGGCCUUAUUUUGGAAAUGGACCACCCAACAUCAGGAAGGAUAGCUGUGCCAGGUCCUGCUGUGCGCUUCAGUAGUUUUGAGUCUGGCAAUCCGAUGCCGCCGCCUGUGAUUGGCCAGCACACAGUCCAGGUUCUCAGAGACACAUUGGGCUACAGCGAUGAUGCUAUAAACCAACUGCUAGCCUCUCGGACCGUCACUCAGAACAAGGUGCAGUGAGAGACGUCUCAUCGACUGAGAGAGCAGUCCUGCAAUGCUGCCUGCCUUCUUGGCACAGUGGUGAUAAUGUUGUGAUUAAACUGGUAAAUGUCCAUCUGAGAGGAAACUUUGAAUGUUAAAAAAAUGACGUAAUGACACAGUAUGUCACACGUAAGAAUGUGCACUGCUGAAUGAUUUCAGUCUUCAAAUGAUCAAUAAUGUGCAGACACUUUAUUCACAUCCAGAUUUAGAUCUGUACUGCCUGUUCCAUUAUUCACCCCAAAAUCAAAAAUAAAACAAAUUGUGUUAUAUUAUUGCAUAAAUAAAAUGAAACCUAUUUUUAGAACCACUACAAUUUUCUUUUUACAUUGUGAUACCAUUUUUGUCAUCACCACCAUCCAAUUCUUACGGAGGCCCUAAAGGGACAUGGUGGUGAAAAAAAAAAAAAAAAAAAAAAAAAAUCUCUCGCAAAAUUUUUUUGUUCGCUUAAGAAACUUUUUCCUCGCAAAGAUAUUUGACUAUUUGAUAUUUGAACAUGCUACAUUGUGAACAUAUGGAUGUGUAUGAACCACUGCAAGCUGUAAAGUAAAAUGCAAAAGUUGUGCGAGGGAAUGCAGCGUUUCUCAAAGGAAUGCAAGAGUUUUGCAAGAGAUUGAUUUUUUUUUUUUUUAAAUAAUUUUUCCUCCCGCCCUGAAUUCUUUCCACCACCAUGUUCCUUUAGGGGCUCCGUAAAUUCUCAGCAGUACCCUAAUAAUAAAAAAAUUAAUAAUAAUAGUACUACUAAACAGUUGUAAGCAUAUAUCAUGGUAAGUGUUUGUAAAAUAACACAAUGCUAAAAUCUCAGUUGUGCAUAAAAUGUAGUUAUGCGUAUUUUUUUAGGAAACAUUUCUUAAUUUUUAUUUAGUAAGUUUGAUUAAUUAUGGCUUUUUUAUUAUUAUUAUUAUUAUUAUUUUGGGGUGAACUAUGAACUGAUUGAUUAAUUACCACUGUAAUAAUAGGCAGCCAUUUCAACUACUUGGCACAAGCAAUAUAAAAAUAAGCUUUCAUAAAGAAAAGCAAUAUAAAAAUAAGCUAUUGUUUAAAAAAAAAAGGUUUGAGAUGAUUUUAUGAAACUGUAGCAUCCAAUCUGAUAAGGUGAUUUUAAAUGAAUGUUUUAAACAUUCUGUAAGAUAAGUACUAUUCAUUAAAAAAUGCAAGGCUAAAGAAUCUCAUAUAAAUACAAAGUUCUUAUACAAUAUCAAGUUGGCAUCAGCUCUUUUUUUGUUAUAAAUGUUUCACGCCUCUCAGUUAUUGCUACAGAUGUGUGUAUGCGAGCCACAAUUGACAUCCAUUUUGUAGAAUGGCCCAAAUUGUACAUUUCAUAAUAAAUAUGACUGACAAUGUUUAUUUAUA